UGCCUUCCUCUGAGCUUUUUAGAUGUACAUAAUCCCUGAGUUGACCCAGAAAAUAGGCAGUCGUUUCAAGAUCUGAUGCGGCAGUCUUUGUGCACACCGUCCCCGCUUGAGCAUGAAGCGUAACCCUGUGGAAUAUUUACUGUAAUUCAAAGGAGCUUUACCUUACAGAGGAAAACUGUUUAAAUAGACGGAGCCGAGGCAAAGUCGCGCAACUUUGUGAAAACGUAGCGGAUACGGACAGGAGGCAUGGCGGACCAUCUGAUGAUGCCCAUGAAUCACAGCUCAGCGGGCGCCAGUAUCCACGGCUACAGGAUGGGCAUGAAUGGUGGCCUGCAGGCAGGUCACCAGCAGCAUCCCAACCAGCAGGGCAUGCGUGCGCUGCCCAAUGGCCAGAUGAUGCACUAUGGUGGUGCCCAGGCCAACAUGGAGACUGCCAUGAGGCAGCGACAGGGCAUGGUGGGUGGACCCAUGAAUGGACAACUGAACGGGGGCCAGAUGGGUCACCACCAGAUGACCUCUGGUAACAUGAUGUAUAAUGGCCCACCCCAGCAGCAACAGCAUCACCCUCAGCAGCAGCAUCACAUGCAUCCACAGCAGCACCAACAACAACAACAACAGCAGCACCAGCAACAAGUCCAGCACCCACAGCAGCAGCACCCGCAACAGCAACAGCACCCGCAGCAGCAACAGCACCCGCAGCAGCAACAGCAACAGCACCCGCAGCAGCAACAGCAACAGCACCCGCAGCAGCAGCAACAGCACCCGCAACAGCAGUUCAUGAACGGAGGGUUAACGUCCCAGCAGCUCAUGGCCAGCAUGCAGCUGCAAAAACUAAACACCCAGUAUCAUGGACACCCACUGGGGCCUAUGGGUGGGAACCACAUGGGGCCCGCGACCCAGUACCGCAUGAACCCAGCCCAGUUGGCUAACAUGCAGCACAUGGCCGGGCCGGCACUGGCCCUGAACGGCAUGGACGCAGAUAUGAUUGACGAGGAGGUUCUGACCUCGCUGGUCAUGGAGCUUGGCUUGGAUCGGGUCCAGGAGCUGCCAGAACUCUUCCUGGGCCAAAAUGAGUUUGACUUCAUCUCGGACUUUGUCAGCAAACAGCAGCCCAGCACCGUUAGUUGCUGAGAGGACCCGAUUUGCCAAUGGGCGCAAAUGGAGACAGAAGAGUGAGACUUGUCCAGGGUGGAUGAAGAGUGCUCAUCUCUUCACUUUUUAUUUACGGAGCACCUCCCUGUACAACUAAGCCCAGUUGCGGCAAGCGGUGUGCACAGAAGAGAACUCUGGAUAUCCACAGGGAACACACAGUGCUCGAGUCCCGCAUGUUGUAGUGGCCAGAGGGUGGCUGCCUUCAAGGCCGAGUUCCACUUCUCCCAUUUCCUGGACAUGAAUGUAAUAAAGAAAUGCUGAAAUUCUUAAAAGCCACUCUGAACAAUGCUAUGACACUGUGUAGCCUCCAAGCCUGGACUCCAAGACAGUUUACCAGUACAAAGGUGUAUUUAUUUAUUCCUAUCUGAGAAAACUGAUUAUAAAGAAUAACCACCUUCUCCGUUUUGGGAACCAAGUGGUUUUAACGAUUUUUUUUUGUCUUCCUGAGAGUAAGAGGGGAGAGACAAUUUAAAUUAAGUUCUCUGCUCAUGAUUUUUUUUUUUCCCUCAUUCUAUUUGGCCUAGAAUUUAAAUAAGCUCAGAUGACAAGGUCAUCUAAAAGAGAGCCUGGGUUUUCUAUCAUAAGUCAGGCACGAUAGAAGUACAAUGUUAUCUCAUUCGAAGGGGAGCCUCAUCCAGAUCUUUUGGUAAAGUGCUGCCUUUUUAGAUGUGAUGUUCUCAAAAACCUACUGCUUUUACUGUAUGAAGCUGUAUAACUCCAACAUGUCCACACUGUUGUGUUCUAUUGGAGAUGUAGAACCGCCUUAAUCACGCAGAUUCUUAUUUAUUGGUUGUUUAUAUUGUCCCCUUUUUUGUGGUCAAGAUGGGGGGGGAUGGUCUUUGUGAAGGGGGUUUUGAGGAUCAAUAAAGAUGGCCUGGAUAGAAAUGUG